AUGGCGGCCCAGAACGUGAACAUCCUCCUCUCGUCCUUCCCUGGACUUUCCCUCCCCUCGACGCUCUCAUUCUCUCUCCCAUCGACCUCGACCGUCGCCGAACUUACAGAGAAGAUCUCCUCCUACAUCCCGUCAUCCGUUCCCCUCCAGUCGCUCAUCUUGACGACAACCAGCAACAAGCAACUCGUCCCGUCUUCAACCCACUCGCUCUCCGAACUUCUCGCGCCCAAUGGCGGAACGCCGUCAUCGAACCUCCUCCCCCUCCGUCUCUCAGUGCCCUUAUGCGGAGGUAAGGGAGGUUUCGGAUCUCAGCUGCGCGCUGCUGGCGGGCGCAUGUCGAGCAAACGCAAGCGCAACCAAGGCGAUGAUAACGGAUCCAGUCGCAACCUCGAUGGCCGAAGGCUUCGCACCGUUAACGAGGCCAAGGCGCUGGCCGAAUACUUGGCAGUAAAGCCGGAGAUGGACAAGAAGGAGAAAGAGGAGCGACGGCGCAGAUGGCAGGCUGUGGUGGAGGCUGCGGAGCGGCGCCAGGAGGAGCUGAAGAAUGGCGGCGGAAAGCAGAAGAUCGAUGGUCAGUGGAUGGAGGAUAAAGAAGAAAUGAAUGAGAAGGCGCGAGAAGCGGUUUUGCAGGCGAUGAAAGAUGGUGCGUGGACGGACAACCUGCGUGACACGAUUCUUGGUGGAUCUAGCACGAGUGCCAGCGCCAGCGAAGGCAGUGGUCGGGAGUCUUCGGCCAGCUCGGAGGAAGACAGCGAAGACGAUCAGAACGUGGAUGGUGCUCCUGGGCCAUCGGCACCGGUUCGCAACUCUGCGCCGCCGAGGAAGUUUAUUGGGUUCGACGAUGAUGAUGAAUUCAUGAGUGAUUCUGAGGAGGAUGAGUCUGCCGAUGACUCCAAGGGGAAAGGAAAAGCGAAGGCAUGA